CAAAAAACCCCACAUUACCUGAGCUGUUGUGACGUAAACCACUGCAAUGUACUUAUCUGAGAAAUAUCAGACAUGCACAAAGUUCACAGAAAUCGACGGCAGGCUGCUCCAGUGCAGCGGUUAAGUUCUUGCUAUUUUUUGACUCGUCUAAAUUUGUUUUGCUUAAAUAUUAAUCUCCAUGCAUGAGCUGUACAAGAGAGACUAAUGUGCUCGAGAGAGAGAGAGAGAGAGAGAGAGAGAGAGAGAGAGCAGCACACAGUAGCGCGAGACACAUCAUCACAAAAGGCGCAUGCACAAGAAGCAGACCCGUUGCAUUCGUACACCUGUAUUUCAAUCUCGAUUUACAAUAACCCGCGCGAAGGGAAUAUAUCUUAGGAUCUCCGCGUGUGCAGCUCAGACAGAAGCCUGACUGCUCAAUCGUGAUACCCUCUUCUUCCUCGGGAGGCAUAUGUAUUCGGCAUCGCCGUUUCUUCCAGUAAGCACCAAUGCACGCGCGCACCCGCCUCCCUGCGCUCUCAAAUAGAUGGUGCAAGUAAAGAUGUCCAAAUCUUCCGCAGACCCUCUGUCUGGUGUAGAAAGCGCUUCCCAGUCGCACUAUUUCCAGCUUCCACGAAAACUCCCGAAGCGCAAGGGUCGCUUUAAACGCUCCGAUGGCAGCACCUCGUCUGACACCACCUCCAGCUUCAUCAAGAGACAGGGCUCAGCAGACUCCUACACCAGUCGUCCUUCAGACUCUGACGUGUCUCUGGAGGAGGACCCUGAGGCUCUCAGGAAAGAAGCCGAUAGACAAGCUCUUGCCACCCUAGAGAAGGCUAAGACCAAGCCUGUAGCGUUUGCGGUGAGGACUAACGUUGGCUAUAACCCAGGCCCUAAUGACGAUGUGCCGGUUCAGGGCAUGGCUAUCUCUUUCGAACCCAAAGACUUCCUGCACAUCAAAGAGAAGUAUAAUAAUGACUGGUGGAUUGGGCGUUUGGUGAAGGAAGGGUGUGAGGUGGGGUUUAUCCCCAGUCCGGUGAAGCUUGAGAGCACCCGUCAAUUACAAGAACAGAGAAUGAGACAGAACCGCCUUAGCUCCAGUAAGUCCGGAGGAAGCUCUAGUCUGGAUGUUGCCACUGGUGCCCGGAGGCCCACUCCACCUGGAACAGCUGACUUGUCCUCUGGGCUUUAUGACGAUUCGGAUUCUGAAGUUGAGGAGGUGGAGCCUUCCAACACCCGCGACCAAAAGGGUGUGGGCGGAAGUGUCACCUCCCCUCAAGGCAACCUGCCCCGCCUCCCUUUCUUUAAGAAGAUGGAGCAUGUUCCUCCUUAUGAUGUGGUGCCUUCCAUGAGACCCAUUAUUUUGGUGGGACCAUCCCUUAAAGGCUACGAGGUGACAGAUAUGAUGCAGAAAGCUCUCUUUGAUUUUCUAAAACACAAAUUCGAAGGCAGAAUAUCCAUCACCAGGGUGACAGCAGACAUCUCACUUGCCAAACGUUCCGUGCUAAACAACCCCAGCAAACACACGAUCAUCGAGCGCUCCAGCACCAGAUCCAGUCUGGACGUACUGGCGGAGGUUCAGAGUGAGAUCGAGAGGAUCUUUGAGCUGGCUCGCACGCUGCAGCUGGUGGUUCUGGACGCAGACACGAUAAACCACCCGUCCCAACUGGGAAAAACCUCUCUUGCACCUAUUAUUGUCUACAUCAAGAUCACCUCUCCGAAGGUUUUGCAGCGGUUAAUAAAGUCUAGAGGAAAGUCUCAGGCAAAACAUCUCAAUGUGCAGAUGGUGGCAGCAGACAAACUGGCCCAGUGCCCUUCAGAGCUUUUCGACAUCAUUCUUGACGAGAACCAGCUAGAAGACGCCUGCGAGCACAUGGCUGAUUAUCUGGAGGCCUACUGGAAAUCCACUCAUCCUCCCAGCGUCCCUCAGAUAAACCCUCUGCUGGAGAAACUCACCUCGGUCGCAGCGGCGGCAGUCGCCCGCAAAGACGCGCUGGCCAACACGCAACCAAAGGUGCCUGCGAGACUUCAGGCCGCACUCACAUUAGCGAACGGAGGAACCGAUGCUAACUGUAAUCGAUUAUCGCUCACAUGCAGAAAGCGCAGGUUGCAAUACUACAGGACUUAGUGCAGUAGUGCAUUUCAAAUAAAAAUAUAAUAGUCAUAAAAAGCCAUUUAGAUGUACUUUAAGACACUUUCAUGACUUUACUACUUUAGUGGGUUGAAAAAGCACUUUAAAAGUUCAGCUAACUGCAUUUGAUAUGCAUUUAAACAAAUGCAUUUUGGUUUAAUUGCAAGCAUGCAAUUAAAUGUCCAAUAACACUUAGAUAUAUUUUUAUGCAUGCUAAAGUAUAUUAUUUCAAUAUUAAAUUGCUAAAGUGUAAACUUUCCAAAAAGACAUGUCUCUAAAGUCCCAGGCAAACUACACUUAAAAUAAAAACAAUAAAAAAACACUAAAGACUUACAAGAUUGCAUGUUAUAAUAUU